GUUGCCUCUCUGUUGUUCCACAGAUGAGCAGCCAGUCUUCAACUCUCUCAUGGUCAACUGACCCAUUAUACUGAGCAGCUGAGACGAAGAGGUGUUGCUAGAGUCUCAUUUGCCUCAUUGAUAACUGGAAUAAGGGACUUAUUAUGACUGAAUGAAGAUAUUUCGCCAGAUACCAGAAAUGGAUAUGAUCAACAAGACACAAAUUUGUGUCCUACUGAUUAUCUUCGUGAGCUGUGUGUCAGGACUGGACAUCCCUCAGCCUGACAAAAUGAUGGUGACUAUGUUGGAUGAGGAGGUGAUAGUACAUUGGAAACAUCCUGUGGGCGCCCCACAAGACUCCCAGUACAAUGUGCAAAUGGGAAAGCUCAAUGGUGAAUGGGUCAGUGUUGGCAGCUGCACAGGGACCACAAACACUUACUGUGAUCUCAGUAGUCUUAUAAGUGCCGAUUACCGAAGUGCUUACAAGGUCAAAGUUCAGCUGGUGGCAGGUGAUAAAGUGUCUCAGUGGACAGCGAAGAAAUUUCUCCUGACUGAAAGUGAAUUGCAGCCUCCCUCUUUCAAUCUGUGGGCUACUUCGAGCACUCUAUCAGUUUAUGUUCACCAGAAACCCAUUCUGAGAGAGCUCUUUCCUUAUGGGCUGACCUACACCGUCUACCUGGAGGAGAGAGAACAAGAUAAGAAUAUAACAGAAUUCCUGAAAGACGACAUGCAGGAAGAUCAGAGACUGAAGACUUUCACUUCUCUACAGUGGGGGACAGAGUACUGUAUCAGCAUCAAGGUAGAGGGCAGUGGAGCUCUCCACCAGAGCAGAUUGUCCCCUAAACAGUGUCUGCGGCUACCAGAUCAAGAAUGGUUCAUAAUUGCUGUAUCAUCCCUGUCUGUUGCGGGUGUACUGUUCAUCAUUGCUAUCAUAGCAGCUAUCCUCCAUUGUUACCUGAGACGACCAGAGAAAACACCUGCUGUGUUGAAAAACCCUGUAAGUGGCUGGCUUCCAGUGUCUGUUGAACAAGGGACGAUAGAGGUUGUUACAGACAAAGGAUGGUUCCUGUCUAGCUACACAACAGACAUGAAAAACUGUGUCAAAGACCCAAUGGCCCAUGUUACGGUAACAGAAGACAAUGGAGAGGAGGAUAGGAGGACAAGCAUGGACAGCGGGAUCAGCAUGAAGUCGAAUGCUGCUACAGACAAUGGAGGAAGUCCUCUGAUGAGACAAGAGGACAGUGGUUGUGGGAGCUUGGGAGGACCAGAGAGCUCCACCGGCAGUCAGGCCAAUUACCCCCUGCAGGAUGAGGGGACUGAUACUAAGAGGGAGGACAGUGGCGUGGGACUGGGCUUCCAGCUUGAUUCUUCUUCCAUGAAUCUGGAUGAACAGGACAGUAGAUUUCUGAAGGACUCUGUAGCUGGGGGUAGUUAUCGCAGCCAGAGCCCCUCUGCUGUGCAGGCCUGUGACGAUGAGGAGAUGUUUAAACAGAUGCUUCCAGACACAGCUUUGGCCGAAGUGAUCACUGGUUACAGGGCUGGGCCUCAAACGUGCAUCUGUUCAGGAGCAGGCCAGUGCACUUGGUGCCACAAACAAGGCCAUUAUGGACCUGAAGUUAUCAAACAAUACAGAGCUCUGUGUAUUGAAAAUGGACUACUGCACAGCAAAUGUGAUUUUGUGGACACUUACAAAGCAGGGCUUACACUUUCAAGUCAUUGUAGAAAACCACAAAUGGACACUGUUACAGUGGAUGACUUUGAACACACUCUUAUUCAACAAGGGGAGACCUUCCCUUUGCUAACAGCUCUGACACCCCUGCCACUAAUGGAGGGAGGACAGGACUUCAAUAUGAACAACGUGUCCCUCUCCCUUUGCGACGUGCAGCUGACAAUUGACUGAUACACCGUGGAAUGUAACAGUGCUUUUUAUACAAUGAUGCUGACAUAACCUAUCUGAGAGCCAUGCUGGAGUCAUACACUCCCUUUAUCCCCAUGUUUUUGAAUCAUGAAUUAGAAACAUUAUGUGGUGUUUUUCAUGUUUUGGAACUAUGAAGGAGAAAAUAGAGAACCAUGGGUAGGAAACAGAGCAUUUGCCACCUUGUUAUUGAAGAUAGAAAGGAAACAGAGGUUAGAUCAAACAGCUGCUGCCUGGUAGCUGAUAGUUAGAGUCUUAUGAGUUUAAACAGUAAGCAAUUACUAUGUCAAAGACAUUAUUCAAACCUAUAUGUGCAGCCAACUGAAGUGUGACAUGCAGGAAGUGAAACUAGUGUGGGGAGCAAUGCAGAGAAACAGUCUGACACGUAAGUGUCUUCGGGCAUUUUGUUAUUUCACCUCCUCCAACAACGAUACUUGACUUUGGGAACCCACUGUUAAAGUUUCUGAAAGGUUUUUCUUCUUUUUAAAUAUAAAAAAAUGAUAAUAAUAAUUGUAAGAUAAUUUAAGUGGAAUCAUUUCUCACUUGUCAUCAGUAUUGUCAGGUCAUUUCUUUUCAGUACCAUGUGAUAGCAAACUAACAGGCAGAAUUAAGUGGCAAACAUUUCUCUCUCUAUUUUCAGUUAUGCAUAGGAUGAUUUGUUAAGAUUAUUUCUAAUGUUCUCUGACUCAACCUUAUGUCCUAUUCCAUAACAACCUGUCAUCCAGCUGCUGCUCUUUAUAAAUUAUGUAAUUUAUGCUUUGUGAAAAGCUGCCUAUUUAUUGUAUGUUGCUUUGAAUAUUAUGACCACACUCUUCUAAAUGUGGUUAAACAAAUGGAAUGCAGUCUGCUGUAAAUUUCAUACUUUCAGAGAAAAUACAGCCAUUAAAGAAAUUACAUGACGUGGGUUUUCAGAAACUAUGACUCAGGAAAACACAAGGAAAACCCUGAAACAACAAAGCUAUACCUUUUUGGAAAGGUAAACAUAAGUCAUAUAGCUGUGCUUGGGAUCCCCACAUGUAAAUUCUGUACAGGAACCAGUGCAGUGGUUUCGAAGCUUCUAAACUAAGAAACAAACACUUCCUUAAACUGGCUUUCACUCCGUUUAAAAAAAGCCCCACACAUUUACAGCAAAGAGACACAAUAUUAUCAUCAGGGCUGAAAUUUCAGAGAUACUCAAGAUUAAUCUCAGUGAAAUAUAUACUGUACUUUAUCUUCACAUUAGCUGUUCAUCCCAUUCUUUAUUGAGAAGAAGCAGAAUCCUGACAGUGGUAGACCUACUUCUCUAUGUGCAGCAUUAGAGAGGAAGUGACACAACUUUUGGAUUCUAAAUGUAGAAAAAAACUCUUUUUUCAAACUGGUUCAGUGUCUUGCUCAGGGACACUUAGGCAUGCGGGUAGACUGGGAGUCAAACCACCAACUUGCUGGUCAGAAGACAACCGCCCUACCUCCACCCCACUUUGACUGAAUUGGGAUUUUCAUGGCCUGUGACUGUGACAACAGUGGCAGAAAAAAAUUACCUUAAGGAAGAAAUGCAGAGAAAAAAUGCAAUUUAAACAUAGCAGCCCCAUAAGACACACAGAAACAGGAGUCGUAAGUUAAACUAAAAUAAUUAUAUUAACAAAUGAAUGUCUAAGUUGUGACUGUUUUUGACUGAACAGGUGUGGCCCUUAUGACCUUUAGUCCCUUUAGUCCCUCAUAUCAGAAAAACACCUGAGCAAUGUUUUUGUUUCAUUUUUAAAAAGCUAUGGGAUAAUAAAGCUCUACCAACGACCAAGAGUAUCAAAAGGUGGCAAAUAUGUGAACUUAGAGGGAAUUCACCCACAUGUUUCAAGAAAGCAGAUCUGCCUGGUCGUUGUGGUUUUGCUGUUGAUAUUUUGCCUCAGAAAUUUUUAACACAAGCCGAACAGUGCAUGCAUCUGUUUCUCUGUGGUGUGUGCGUCUGUGUACACUCAUAUGUGAGCAUGUGAAGCCACAACAGGCUAAACUGCCAAUUUCUCAUGACAAAGAGCGAAACUAAAAAAAAAAUUCAAUUGCAACAAGAUAUUAAAUGCUCACACAUUUAUUUUAAUCCAUUUUUACAGUUACAUUAAAAUUACAUAAAUAUACAAUUUUGUAUACACAAUAACACACAAUACUUAUCUUUUUGUUUCAAGACAAAACAGACAUUUUUAUUUCCAAGACACAACUAAAAAGCUGUGGUGGAAUUCUUACUUUUACUUAAGUAAAGGUAACAAUUCCACAGUGUAAAAAUAC